CAUAUAGUUUGACAGUUUUAUAAUGUAAUAAACUCUACAGUAACAUCACCGUCAUCACCAUCAUCAUCAUCCAACCAUCAUCCCAAUAAGGCAUCGCCGCAAUAACUCCAUGGUAAAAUCAUCCAGAUCAUCUAGAAGCUCAUCGCUGGAAUUUUCUGAACAGAACUUGAAAAGAAAACGUUCUUUCCGACAAACUACAUCUUGCAGGGCAUACGAAACUCCGAAUUUCAUCGCAAAAAACAUCAGAACAGCUUCCCAAGUUAAAAAAAUCGAAUACGAUUCCGAAGAAAACGAAAUUUCAUCGUUGAGGUCGAGUGUUGAUUCGUGGAGGAAUUCCAGAUUUGGGAAUUCAAGGAUUAAGUCAAACGGAAAGCUCUCUGUAGAUUUGGAUUACAGUCGUGGCAAUGUGGUGGCACUUCAGGAAAAGCCUUUGGUGAAUAAUUCACCCAAAACAAGUUUAAGGUUUCCAGAAACGCAAAGAGAAAAUUUCAGAAAAUAUUCAAACGAUGAAGUAAAAUAUUCGAAAUUGUACAUCAAACAAACCACGUGUCCGGCUUGCAUGGAAAAAUGGAAAACGCCCUUGCCGCCUCCCAAAACUCCCAAAGUGAACAACGCAAAAGUCAUCCCCGCCAUUUGCAACCAACUGGUCAAGACCGACAGCAAAGUCAGGGUGCAAGAGCUGAUCCAUAAGGAGAAAAAUGUCCUAGAGACGUACGACAGGAAAUUUUCUUCGAGCAUGGAAUCUUCUAGAAGGAACAGCAAGAAGAAUGAUUCGGCUGACGAUUCGCCUGAAUACGUCAAGGUGAAUCCUCUGGAGCUCGCUAGGAUCAAGCAGGAAGAAAGGGAGAAGGAAACCGGAAAGAAACUGGAGAAAUUUCUCAAAUCACCAAUAUAAUUUUGGUGAGGCUAUUUGUAUAACAGUAAUAAAUGGCAAGUUUUGGA